AUGGCAGCUAAUGAAGAAAAGGUAACUGGCUUGAUAGAAACCGGGAGCAAGCUUGCUGCUGACGGGAACAUUUACUCUGACAAAAUUAUGGAAAAAGUUCAGCUGAUUCAAGAAAGACACAGGGCUAAUGUCACAAAAUCACAAGAGGCGUUUGUGUUACUGAAGGACAAUAAUGACCUGCAGAAUUUCCUACAAAAUUGCCAAGAGCUUACCAUGUGGAUUGAAGAAAAGUUGCUUACUGCUCAAGAUACAUCAUAUGAUGAAGCACGGAAUUUGCACAGCAAAUGGCUGAAGCAUCAGGCUUUUAUGGCAGAACUUGCUUCCAAUCAAGGAUGGCUAGAAAAGCUGGAUGAGGAAGGACAACAGUUGGCAAAGCAAAAACCCCAGUAUGCAGAUAUUGUGUUCCAGAAGCUAGAGGCACUUCAUCAAUGUUGGGAUAUGCUGCAAGCAACCACAGAGGAAAAGGCACAGCUCCUGUUUGAUGUUAACCGCUCCGACCUUUAUGCACAGAGCUAUGCUGACCUUAGUGCAUGGAUCAGUGAGAUAGAGGCACAGUUAAAAUCUGAUGUCCAAGGGAAAGAUCUCACAAGUGUUAACAUUCUUCUAAAGAACUUGAAACAUCUGGAUGAGCAAGUCAGCUUGCAGAAGAAAGAGAUGGAAGGCUUACUUUCUCAGGGCCCUCCAGUUAAGAGAGACAUGGAUGAAGUGGAAAAAUGUUAG